AUGGAUAGCACUCCAGCAAUUGACAUACCUAACAGCAAAAGUCGACCAAAACAAAUAGUUGUCUCUGCCAGAACGAACGGAAACACGCUAUCUAGCUCUUUAAUUUCAGACAGUCUGGACCAUCAACGGAACACAGAAGCAGAAAGCAAUAGUUUACCAAACUACACAGAAUCCGGUAUUUCGCCAACUUACUACUCCUCUAGUGGCAUACCUAUCCGAACUUCACAUCAAACGAACGAUGCUACUUUGGCAGGCUCACCAGUAUUCAAUGAUCGCUCUCGAAUUUUCUUCAAGCACAGUGCAGCUUGUAGUUGCCGUGGAUCCGGUGUAGGAUGCGAUUGUUCAAAGACAUGCUCAUGUUAA